AUGGACGGACACGAAGGAGCGCAGAGCUCGUCUGAUCGACGAACGACGAAGAAGAAGCCGCUGGUCAUUCUGGGGAGCUUCAUCCACUCAACGUCGAUCGACCGGCUCGCACUGGUCGAGCAGAACGGCCUGAUGAUUGUCGACUCUGCCGGGACCAUAGUCUGUCUCGAAUCCGCACCCGUCAAGCCUUGGACCUACCAAACUUUGCAAGAGAAAAUCAGGCAAUCUUUGCCCGACGGCUCUCACGAAGACCAGUUCGAGAACCUGCAAGAAUCCGUCAGGUUGAUAGCCUUACGGCCCGGUGAAUUUUUCAUACCUGGUUUCGUGGAUACUCAUACCCAUGCCGUCCAAUAUCAGAACAUCGGUCUUGGACAGCAGUAUACUUUACUAGAUUGGUUGAAGAAUAUCACAUUCCCCGAAGAGAUGCGCUUCGAAGACGAGCUCUACGCUCAGCGUAUGUUCGAGAAGGUGAUAAGCCGUUCGAUCCGGGUCGGGACGACGACCAGCUGCUACUACAGCUCGAUCCAUCUGAGCGCUGCCAAGAUCCUCGCCAAAGUCUGCCAUCGGGCUGGCCAGCGAGCAUUUAUUGGGAAAUGCAACAUGGAUCGCAAUGAUUCGGUUGAUCAGUACAAGGAAGCUUCUGUCGAGCAGUCGCUGGAAGAUACAAUCCAGCUCAUCAACUUCGUUCGCAAGGAGUGUUCGACACCCAGCCACAUUGAGCUGGAGAGCAGCUCAGCCGAGUGCACAUCACCGGUGUCCUCGCCCACGGGCGGAAGGCAGGCCAUGGUCCAACCGAUCCUCACGCCGCGAUUUGCGCUUUCCUGCACGGAUGAGCUACUCGGUAGAUUGGGGGAGCUCAUGAAGACGGACAAGCAACUUCGUCUCCAAACACACCUGAGCGAAUCGCUCUCGGAGAUCGAAUAUACCAAGAAGAUGUUCCCGGCGUACUCGACAUACAGCGAGGUGUACGACGCCUUUGGGCUGCUGACCGACCGGACGAUCCUGGCCCACUGCAUCCAUCUCGAGCCGAGCGAGGUGGAGCUACUUGCCCAGAGAGGAUGCGGGCUGAGCCACUGUCCGACCUCGAACUUCAACCUGAGCUCGGGGAUCUCCCAGGUCCAGAGGCUCAUCGCCGCCGGGUUCGAGAAGCUCAGCCUCGGCACCGACGUCUCGGGGGGAUACGGCGUGGGGAUCCUGAGCACGAUCAGGGACGCGGCGUCGGCCGCCAAGGCGCUUGGUUUCCCCCACCCCACUCUGCCCGCCCCAGCCGAUAAUGCUCCUCCCCGGCAGCUGUCGAUUGAGAACCUCGUCUAUUUGGCCACCUUGGGCGGCGCCCGCGUCUGCAAUCUCGAUGACUGUGUCGGCAACUUCGCGCCCGGCAAACAGUUCGACGGCCUGCUCAUCCAGACCGGAGUCGCCGCCCCACUCCCCCAUCAACCCUCCGGCGCAUCUAGUGAUCCUGAUCAUCGCCGCUUCUCAGAAUGGAUCCUCGCCUCUCAAGCGAAACCUUAUGUGGAUGGCACUAACCCUAACUUCUUCAUCGAUGACCAAAAGAACCAGAUAGACCUCUCACACCUGCUCGAAAAGUUUCUGUUCACAGGCGACGACCGCAACAUCAGCUCUGUCUUUAUCAAUUCAGUCUGUGUCGGUGGAUCCAGACCUCUAAGUUAA